AUGAAUUUAUUUAAGCAGACAGGGAAAACAACAAAUUCUAUAACUCAUAUUUUAAUUAACAAGCAAAAAGCAAAAUUUCCUGAACCAGUAAUAUCAAUAAGACAGUUAGAAGAAAAAGACAUAAACGAAGUAAGACAGUUGUUAUAUGAUCAUUUUAACUCCUUAACCUUACCGGCAGUAAUAUAUUGGUCCAUACAACACAUUUAUGAUUUGUUAGUUAUAAUUGUUAUAAAUUAUAUUUUUUUUCUAGACUUAAAAAAAAUAUUUUAUUUUCUGAUAAUAUUUUUAAUAUAUUUAUAUAUAAGAGCAAAAUUAGAAUUUUUAAAUCAUAUAAGAAAGGAUUGUCCCGAUUUGGAAAAUUUAUAUAAAAGUUAUAUUAACGUGGAAGGAUGUAAUUUUUGGGUAGCUGAAAUUUUUGAUAAUAAUUUUAGCUCAGCUAGCCGUACGACAUGUAGUGAUAUACAUGAAAGGGAAAAAAUUAUAUUAGAACAAGAAGAACAGGAAAGGUUGUUAAGUUAUGAUAAAGGAAGUUCAGAUAUAAAAAACAUAGAUGAAGAAAAUAAAUGUUUAAAAGAUGUAUCAUGUAAUAAAAGUGCUGCAUCAGAAUGCGGUGAAGGUUACAAUGACGUAAAUAAUACGUCAAUUAAUAGUACAUCAAGCAGAAAUAUUGAUAAUACUGAUAAUAUUGAUUAUACUUAUAAUACUGAUAAUAGUGAUAAUAUGGAUAGUACUGAAAAUAUUAAUAAUACUGAUAAUGUUGAAUGUAUUAAAAAUAAAUAUGAACUUAAUAAGAAUAAUUGCGAAACAACAGAAAUUAAGCAUAGUGAAAUAAAUAGAAAAAAGAGUGUUACAGAUGAUAAUCGAAAUAAUGAAAAAAAUAUUAUAAAAAAUAAUAUAUCAAAUAAUAUGAAUUGUAAUAAGUUGUAUAUUUCUAACAGUUACAAUGAUGUAUAUUACAAAGUUAAUAAUAAUUCAUCAUAUAGUGGUAAUAAUAAUAUUUUAAAUGAUGAUGAGAAAAAUAAAAAUCAUAAAAAUGAUAUAACAGAUAAUUAUGCAAAAAGUAAUAUGACCAUAGAAGGGGGAACAGGUGGUACUGAUUCUACACGAACGGUUAGCAGGAGUGAUAAUUCUAACAUUGCCAAUAAUGAGAUUAUUGGUAGUUGUAAAAACUCGAAUAAUAAAGAAGAGAAUAGUCAUUGUAGUAAAAGUGCUGUUAGCAACAGCAUAGAUGAUAAAACAGAAAAAAAUAAAAACAAGGAUAAGAUUAAUGGGAAUGACGAUAAUGAUGAUAAUAAUGACAGUGGAAUUGAAAAAAAUAUUAGUAAUGAUAUUAGUAAUAAACAAAAUAUUAAUAAUAAUAGUAAUAAUAGUAAUAGUGAUAGUAACAGUAAUAAUAAUAAUAAUAAUAGUAAUAAUAGUAAUAGUAAUAAUAAUAAUAAUAAUAAUAAUAAUAAUAAUAAUAAUAAUAAUAAUAAUAAUAAUAAUAAUAAUAAUAAUAAUAGUAAUUGUAAUAGUAAUAAUAAUAGUACUAACAAUUAUAGUGUAAAUGACCCAAAGCAUCCGAAUAUUUUUAAUAAUAACGUAAAUUCAGUUAAUGAAAAAGAACAAGAUAACAGAGCUAAUACAGAAAAAGAGAAAGUACUGUGUAAUAUAGGCGAUAUAGCAAAUAAGGAGUUAAUUGAUAAUAGGCAAAAUGUACCGUUCAGGUUUAAUCAAAUUAAAAGAAAUAUAUUUAGUAUGAGGACAAAUGAUGAUGAAGAUUCGAAUUUUCGUUUUAUAAAUAAAAAAAUAGUUGGCUGUGUUGGAAUUGUACCAUUUAAAGGGGAUAAUUCUAUUGCACAGCUAGUUCGUAUGGUUGUUAAAAAAGAUAGUAGAAGGAUGAGAAUAGGAAGCAGGUUAUUAACACAGUUAGAAAAUUUUGCACAUGAAAAGAAUUACCAAGAAUUAAAAGUUUUUACAAAUAAUUUAAAUACAGAUAGCUUAUAUUUUGUCAAACAAAAUGGUUUCAAUUUGUCUCAAAUUGUUAGAAGGGGAUUAAUGAGAGGGGAUUUAUUAAUAUGGUCUAAAAUUCUUAAUAAAGAUGAUUUUUAUAAAUUUAAUUCAUCAGGUAAUAACAAAUUUGAAAAGGCGAUGAAUCUGGGGGAAUACUGA